AUGGGAAUAUCCCGCUGUGCCCUGGUGCUGUGUUUGCAGCCCGAUGAAGUAAACAUGCCUGACACAGCCCCGGGCGUCUCCACCAAAGUAAGAGGCACAUUUUAUUGCAACAGAGAAAAAGGGAGCGAUUCUCUGGUUGUUGCUGCGUGUCCGACCGAGCUGCCAUCAGAGUUUUCUUUCACUCAAGUGUGCUCUGACAUGGACAGAAUGGGGAACAGCUUCAGGAAGCCCAGGCACAAUGAAGAGCAGGUGGGAGAUAUGCUACACAAUGUUUCCAAUCAGGUGCUGACAGAGCAGCCUCCAGCUCAGCCUCUGGCCGGGGCCAAGAACUGGUUUCCAUUCGCCAUCGGAUUCAUGGCAGUUCUGAGCAUCAUCAUUUCCCUAGUUGUAGCUUUGGCAGUAGUAGCCUCCAAGCAUCAUUCCUCUCCUCUGGACCUUCCUGCUGCCGCGUGCCCAGAUGACUGGAUUGGCUACCGAGGGAAAUGCUACCUCUUCUCAAAGGCGCAGGGGUCCUGGAACGAAGGCCAGAGCACCUGCUCUUCACUCAGUGCCUCUCUGGCUGUGAUUGACACCCAGCAAGACCUGGAUUUCCUGCAGCAACACAAAGGCUCCCCUGCAUGCUGGAUCGGCCUCUGGAGGAGGGACCCGGCCCAGCCCUGGAAAUGGGCGGAUGGUACAGAAUUCAACAACCGCCUGUUCAAAGUGGAAGGAGACGGACUAUAUGUAUAUCUCAACGAACGCCCCAGCAGCUCAUUGGGCCAUACCAACAUGCAAUCGAUCUGCAGCCAGCCGGACGAACUGGCAAAGAGGAAACAAAAUGGGGCCCUGCGAGUUUCACUGGAGUGAAGCAAAUCCCCUCUCUUCAGCGGUCACUGCUGCUUCCUAUAUUACAGACAUUGAAUAGCUGCUUUAAGUGCCGUACUCAGCUCAACGCAGGGCU